AUGGGCCGAAUUCCAACAGCCCUUGGCAGCCGCCGCAGCCGCAUUAUCGUUAGAAUCUCCUUCGAGCAAUGCUCGCUGGCUUCCAAGCCCUCGACGCUGCAGAUCGGCAGGAAGUGGCCGGAGCUCCAGGGCGCCCGCGACUGGGAAGGCCUCCUGAGCCCGCUCGACGGCACGCUCCGUGGCGAGCUGCUUCGGUACGGCGAGUUCGUACGCGCGGCCUAUGCCAGCUUUGACUUCGACGGCGGCGCCCCGUCGUACGGCUCAUGCCGGUUCCCGAGCCGCUCCCUGCUGCUCCGCGCCGGGUUGCCGGAGACCGGCUACCAGGUCACUCGCCUCCUCCACGCGGCGUCCACCCCAGCGCCGGCCUGGCUGUCGCCGUGCAGCUCGAGCUACAUUGGGUACAUCGCGGUGUGCGAUGACGAGGGCGAGAUCGAGCGCCUCGGCCGCCGCGACGUCGUGAUCGCGUACCGCGGCAUCACGACGUUCAGCGAGUGGGUCGACAGCUUCAAGUCCAAUCUUACCCGGCUGCCGACCGCUGUGGCGCGGUGGAGCAACGCCGGCGAGGAGGAGGAGGAGCCGAUGGUGGAGAGAGGAUUCUGGAGCCUCUUCACCGCGCCAGGCGAGGCGCACAGCAGCCUGCAGCAGCAGGUGCUCGACGAGGUGCGGCGGAUCAUCCACGAGUACGGCGGCGAGAGCAUGCCGCCGCGCAGCAUCACGAUCGCCGGGCACAGCCUCGGCGCGGCGCUCGCGGUUCUCUCGGUCUACGAGAUCACGUGCCAACAAUGGAGCGACGACGCGCCGCCGAUGGUGACGGCCGUGUCGUUCGGCGGGCCGCGCGUGGGUAACGCGGUGUUCCGGCGGAGGCUGGAGGAGAGCGGCGGCAAGGUGCUCCGUGUCGUGAACUCGAACGACAUUGUGACCAAGGUGCCUGGGUUCCCCGUCAACGACGAUGAUUGCUGCAUCCCAGGCGGCGAGCCGGCGAAGCGGAAUGUGGCGAGGGUGCCGAGGUGGCUGGUCUCCAAGAUGGGGUGGGGGUACAGCGACGUGGGGCGCGAGCUGAGGCUGAGCAGCCAGGAUUCGGCGCCCAACGUGGUGGCGGCGCAUGACCUCGACUGUUACCUCAAGCUCGUGGCUGCCUGCACAGAUUAG